AUGUAUUUGCGCCGGUCACUCUAUAUUUCAAUACUGAUGUUAUUAAUAAACGAAGGCGACGGCUGUGCUCCAACGAGAGAUCCGAUGGGAGACGGUAUUUAUUUUUCCUGAUACUGUAAAUAUCAACUUAUAAAAAGUACAACACUGUUGAAAAAUCUUAAGCGCGGGUAAAAAAAGAAUUUAAAAGAGUAAAGAAGUAUAGUCUGUGUACCACGACUUGGAAUUUCACCAAACGACAUUCCGCUGUGUCGCUGCGCGCCUUUGCAAAAGUUGGUCACGCUUUUAACUUUUUUCUUUUUCUUUUAUUAAGGUACUAUACUGUCCUGUGCUCCCACAGCAAUAACAAUCAAUUGAAAGCGUGACCUAUAUUCGAAAGACGCUUCGCGAACUCACGCAGCGGAACAGCGGAGCGUCGUUCGGUGAAAUUUCAAGUCGUGGCACACAGAUUCUAUCGGAACAUGAUAUUUAGUUUCAAGUCUCUCCCGUUCAUUUCGGCCACUGCUACCAAGACUAGCUAUACUAUUUGGCAUAAUGUUUGAAAAAAUAAAGAGCUUUUCCUUCUGGCUGAUACAUAAAUUUGAAUCAUACAAAAAAAAAAAAUCAAAGUCCUUUUGCCUGUUACGUCGCGUACGCGAGGCGGCUUCUUGAGGGAACUUCAAGCAUAGGCAAAGUCGGAAAGGGUAAAAAAAGGGUCCAUAGAAAUGUUCCUUUUAGGGUGACGAAGGCUCCCAUUUCGGCCUUUUUGCGCCAUUUUUGCUGCCUCUCCUUUUUUCCAUCAUUUAUCGAGCCUUCGAAGCCCCAGAAAAUGGCUCGAUAAAGGGACUCUUUUUGCUGCCUUUUUGCGGCCUUUUUGCGGCCUUUUUUGGUCCUCUCCCUUUUAGCGGCCAUUAUCCACCAUUCCGACUUUGCCCGAGAGGUCAUACGCGAACAACCUCUUUUCGUAUUUUACUGUUUUGUUUUGUAAGUUUUCCGUUUUUUUUAAUUUUUCACUUUUCUCAAAUUAAAAGUGAUCGAAUUCCACAUUCAACAUUUGCAGUCUACAAGAUUCGCAUAUCCGAAAACAGAUUUUCAUUUAAACUUUUGAUAACUCAUUUACGUUAUCAAAGUUAUGCAAGGAGAUGUUUAACACGCUGUCUCCGUUAUUCUCAAAAAUUUGUAAAAGCAACGGGUACAAUAAAAAAAAUAUUUUUUGAUUCCGACGAAACUUCAUCCAGUGGGAUAACCCAUCAUCAGAAAUGCGGACCCAACUUUUUGAGCCAUUUCCUCUUACUGUAGCCGGGUUACGGUAGGCAGGUAGGCACCUGCGUAUCUCAGUAUUGAAGAAUUUUUUUAGUAGACAAGCGAUAUAUCAAUCGAUAGGUAAUCCAAUUUUAAGAACUUUUACAGUACAUAUCAUCUUGGGUUACGGUAGGAAAAAUUUUUGAGUUACGGUACUUUUUUUGUGUCUUCCGAGUCAGUUCUUCGGCCACCACAAGCUUGAGCCGGGAGAUCCAUUCUUCCUAACUUCUCAAAAGAUACCUUAUGAGAAGCUGUACAAGCUAUUACUAGUUUGAAAAAAUCCUAGGUGGACCAUCAUUUCGAAAAAUCGCCCCGAAGGCGCGCAAUCGUGGUCUUGCGGCAGCCAAAUGGGUGAAGUCCCUGAUGCCUGACGGCUCAUUUUUUACAGAUCCAUUCUAAAUGUUGUUUCCAUUUUACUCAUACAUGUCUAUUAUUGAUUUUUAUUUCAAUUUUAGAUGUUUUCGGGUUGACCAUCAUCUCGAAAUUUCAUUUUGAACCCAAAUUUGGCCUAAAAUGGCCGACUCGGCUUUUUUCACGGGAUCCCUGACUCCGUAUGUGACCGUUCUCAACUUUUUUCUUCCUUAAAAAUGAACAAAAGUGUCUGAACAAUAGUUGUACUACGAUCGGAAAUUAUUUUGAGAGGACCAUCAUCUCGAAAUCUCAUUUUGAACCCAAAUUUGGCUUGAAAACUUUUGGUUUACCCUUCUAAUAAGAUUAUUGGUUCCAUCAAUACAGAUCUUGGCCCUUUUCACUUUUUAAAGAUAAUAUAAACCUGAGAACUGAAAAUAAAUUCUAUUUUGGAUCAAUUCCAAAAUGACUGUUUACCUGGGAAACCCACUUUUUAAAUAAAAAUUUCGCUUGAAAAAUCGAAAUAUUUUUUUGGUUUCUUUUUCACAAAAAAAUAGUCACAAGACGAAUGUCUUGUUUUUUUAGGUAUGAAAAAAAGUCUGAAGAUUCAGAACUACUAUUUAGGUUAUAAUAAAAAAACAUUUAUAAAAACAUCAGCUUGAAAGUUAAGUUUCAACCUCACCGGUGGUCAGAGUGUCGGGUUUUUUUCUUUUUUUCUUCCCGUGAAAAAGCCGAGUCGGCCAUUUUAGGCCAAAUUUGGGUUCAAAAUGAGAUUUCGAGAUGAUGGUCCUCUCAAAAUAAGUUCCGAUCGUUAUACAACUAUUGUUCAGACACUUUUGUUCAUUUUUAAGGAAGAAAAAAAGUUGAGAACGGUCACAUACGGGGUCAGGGAUCCCGUGAAAAAAGCCGAGUCGGUCAUUUUAGGCCAAAUUUGGGUUCAAAAUGAGAUUUCGAGAUGAUGGUCCUCUCAAAAUAUUUUCCGAUCGUUAUAAAACUAUUUUUCAGACACUUUUGUUCAUUUUUAAGGAAGAAAAAAGUUGAUAACGGUCACAUACGGGGUCAGGGAUCCCGUGAAAAAAAGCCGAGUCGGCCAUUUUAGGCCAAAUUUGAGUUCAAAAUGAGAUUUCGAGAUGAUGGUCAACCUGAAAUCAUCUCAAGUGGUAAUAAAAAAACCAUUAAUAGAUAUCUAUAAGUGAAAUGGAAACAAAGUUUAGAAUGGAUCUGUGAAGAAUGAGCCGUCAGGCGUCAUGGACUUCCCCCAUUUGGCCGCCGCAAGACCACGAUUGCGCGCCUUCGGAGAGAUUUUUCGAAAUGAUGGUCCACCUAGGAUUUCUUCGAACUUAUACCAGCUUGUACAGCUUCUCAUAAGGUAUCUUUUGAAAAGCUAGGAAGAAUGGAUCUCCCGGCUCAAGCUCGUGGUGGUCGAAAAACUAACUCGACAGACGCAAAAAGUGCCGUAACUCAAAAUUUUCCCACAGUAACCCAAGAUGGUAUGUACUGUAAAAGUUUUCAAAAUAGGAUUACCUAUCGAUUGAUAUAUCAUUUGUCUACUAAAAACUCUUCAAUACUGAGAUACGCAGGUGCCUACCUGGCUACCGUAACCCGGCUACAGUAAGAGGAAAUGACUCAAAAAGUUGGGUCCGCAUUUCUGAUGAUUGGCUAUCACACUGGAUGAAGUUUCAUCAAAAUCAAAAAAAUUUUUUUUUUAUUGUACCCGUUGUUUUUGAGAAAAACGGAGACAGCGUGUUAAGUUUUCUGGUAAAACAUUUUCAAAAGAAAAGCUUGAAAAAGGUUUUCAGAAGCUCUGUUUUUUAGCCGAGCCGGUGAACAAUGGUCGAAGUGAACUGAAGCUUAGUCGUUGAACAUGAAAACUGUACUUCAUUUUUUAUAAGUCUCUUGAAUGCUUCUUAUGUAACUUUGAGAUUUUUACACAGCGAUAAAUUUUCUUUCACAUAGAAAUUCGCCCAGUACUGUAUCUACCUAGAAGAGGGGACGACGCAAACAACCGAUGAUUCUACUGUGGAAAGCACCACGCCAUUCGACUUCUCCUCGACGUCGUCGGACGAUUCUUCCUCGACCUUAUCGUUUGAUAGUACAACGUCCUUUGACGAUUCUUCAUCAUCUACGGAUGAUCCUUCUUCGACCCUAUCAUUUGAAAGUACAACAUCCUUUGACAUCUCGUCAUCCUCUACGGAUGAUCCUUCUUCGACGAUAUCGUUUGGAAGUACGACGUCGUUUGAUAUUUCCUCAUCCUCUACGGAUGAUCCUUCUUCGACGGUAUCUUUUGGAAGUACAACUUCCUUCGAUAUGUCGUCGUCAUCGACAGACGAUCCUUCUUCGACGGUAUCUUUUGGAAGUACAACUUCAUUUGAUAUGUCGUCGUCAUCGACGGAUGAUCCUUCUUCGACGGUAUCUUUUGGAAGUACGACGGACAGUUCUUCAACAACGGAGGAUCCUUCAUCCUCGACGAUCUCAGUAAUUACUUCGACGUGA